AUGAAAACCUUGGAUCAUGAGAACUUAAAUGAGACAUUGUUUGACGGUGUGGGGAUCAUUAAUAAUGAUGACUUGUAAUAGCAAUUAAUCAAAAAGAUCAAGGAUAGAAGAUUCGAAUACUUAAAAGUCCUCCUUGAAUAAGCAAAAUAAUAUUAUCUUAUGACAUUUUAAUAUAGGAUUGCUGCAGAAAUAGAUGCCAUCCUAAACAAACAACCGAAUUUCAUUAUUUAAAUCUUAAAAAAGCAGAAAUAAAUAGAUAAUAUCGAUCAGUAUUUGACCAAAGAGUAUACCACAAAUGAUGAGGCAAUUCAAUUGGCACACAAGGUCCAAAAUCAAGGUAAUAUGUUCUUCAGAGACAAUAUUAAACAAUUAAUAGAGUUUUUGACUCAACAAUAGCAGUAAAUUAAAAACAAUUAAGAUACUCAAAAUAUGCUGCCUUCUUAUUACUUUACUGAUUAUCUUUUGGAAAAGUUACAACAAUUAUAAAAUAUGAAGUCCUUACAAAGUAAAGUUGAAUUUGGAAAGGAUAAAUUCAAUUUAAUCUAUGAUGAUAUUAGGAAUGAGGAGGAUGAAGAAGAGACUGUUGUUGAUAAUAAAGUUAUAAGAAUUUUUGAUAGACUGACCUAUGAUUCCAUUGGUUUCUUUUUAGGUGUUGGUGGACAACCGUAAUCUCAAUAAGUUAACAAUAUGUUUGAUGCAAAAAAUGAAGAUGAGGAUGGCAAAUAAAAAUAAGAUUAGCAAUAUGAUUUCAAUGACAAUAGCACUAAAGAAUUCUAAGAACUACUCAUUUAUUGGAGAAUUGAUGAAGGAAAGGGCAAUAAAAUAGGAGAUUAUGGCAAUUAUAAUUGUGUUGGUGAUAUUUAUGUAAAUAAGGAGAUUAGUUCGGAAACAGAGAAUUUAUGGGAAAAAUUAGAAGAAAGUGAUCCAAUGGAUUAUUAAGAUCUUUGGGGAAAUGUUUGUAGCGCAUAGCAAGGUUUUGAAAUCGGUCCUCAGGCAGGAAUUCAAACAAGGAAAAAGAAUUAUUGGAAGAAGAACAAACUGUCAGAUUUUACAAUUGAGAUGUGGAUCAAACCAUUAUAGUCUUCUGGACAGAUAUUAUAAGUAGAUCAAUACUUUACACUCAACAUAAAUGAGUUAAGUAUUGAAGUUAUUAUUGAUGGAUAAAUUGUAUAAUUCAAUAUCGAUGAAAACGAUGAAUAUAAUCCAAUGAAUUAACCGUAGGUUAAGGUAAAUUUUUGGAAUCACAUUUGUUUAUCCUAUGAACAAUCAGCAAGUGUGUUGUAUUUAUAUAUUUAAGCCAAAUAUUAAUUUAGUUGUCAAGAACUUGAAAUUUCUAAUGAACUUUUUAAGAAUAAAAAUUUGAUUUUGGGUCAAGCAACACAAGAUCCCAAUCCCAAAUAUCCAAUCAUUAAGUGUUUGAUAACAGAAUUCAGAUUUUGGAAGUAGAAAUUUUAACUCAAGGAAGUCAGAGAUGGUUAUAGAUAGCCUCUUCCCAUCGUUUAUGAGAAAUAAAAGGAAAUUAAAAUUGAUAUUAAAUAAGAAUCCAAACCAAAACCUACCACAGGAUUGAAUGCAUUUCAGGGAUUGAAAUUAGAUUUUGCCUUAGAACCAAUUGAGGAAAAACCAACCAAAGAAGUAUAGUAGGAAGAUGAUGGAUAAAACGUAUAACAAGUCGAACAACCAAACUCUGAUUUCGGCUGGUUUGGAGGAUCGUAACCAAAUUAAUAAUUGAGCAAUAAUUUUGAAUUCGAUAGCAAUUUUAAUGCAUUUGCUUAAGCUGCUGCCCCUCAAAUCUAAUAAGGAGGAGAAUGGGGAAGUGACUUCAGUGAAUUUGCAAAUUUUGAUCAUUCAAAGCCUACUUAGAAGAAUGAUUUUUCUUCUUUUUCUAAUGAGAACCCAAAACCUCAAAAAAGCUAACAAUAAUAAGAGUAAAAAAUUAAAGAAGAAACGAAACCAGCAUAAUAAUAAAAAUAGAAAUAAGAUUAGCCAAAGGUCGAAUAAUAAUCAGUCCCUAAAUAAACAGAUAAAUAAUAAUAAUAGUAGUAAUCAUAGUAAUAACAAUAACAGUAAUAAUAGCAAAUGUAAUAAUAAUAACAACAUUAACCAAUCCCAUAAAAAAAUUCAAUAUAAGAAAUAUAGCAAAUAGUUGAUCAAGCAGUUAAAUCAUUUGGUCUAAAACAAACAAAAGAAGGAGUAGAUAAUUUGACAAAGGCCUUUUAAAAACUUAAUGAAUAUUUGCAGGGAAACAAAGAUAAGCUUCAAAGGAUAUAAAAAUUCAUUGUCCAUUGUGCUUAAUAUAGAUUUGCCUUUUAGUUACUAAUUGGAAUAAAUUAGAUGCAUGAGAAAGGUAACUUUAAAAAAGAAAUCUAUAUGCAUUUAAUUUUGAUUCAUCAAAAUAUUAUCCCAAGCCACAAACUUCAUUGGAUUAUAUAAUCAAUAUUUAUUUGUAUUGAAUCUGAAAACACAGCACUUGCAGAAACAUUACUUAAUUAAUUGAAGUAGAGUUUGGAUAAAGUUAAACUUACAGAAGAAGAUGAUAAAUUGCUAAAGGAGUGUGAAUCAAAGUUGGCCAAAAUUGAAGAUAAAAAAAAUUCUGGAUUAUACAAAUUGACAUGUCCUAAUUGUAAAAGUCACUUCCCAUUCAAAGGGAUAAAGAAAUGCAAUAAAUGUAAUAAAGACUUCUUAAUUUGUUAAUUUAAAUUGCUUUGCAUAUCUAAGGUUGAUUGCCUGAAGUGCAAGGCUUGUGAAUCUGUUUUCAGCAAAGAAUCAGGGUAAGUUGGUUAGAGAUGUCCAUAUUGUCAUAUAGAUGUUUUGAAUAUACCUGGUGCUUGA